GAACUGAACCGAGCUGAGCUGAAAUGAACUAAAUUUUAAGGUAAGAGAACAAGCCCUAAGUCUCAAACCCCUCGCUCACUUCAGUCAACUCUCUCUCCUCAUUUUGUCUCCCGCUAAAACCCUAAACCCUCAUUUUUCCAACAAAAAAAAAAACCACCAUGAUAACCACCGUAAUCAUCCGAGAAUCAUCCAGAACCUUCCGAAACCGCCCAUCCUUCUCUCUCCUCUGGGCCCGACCCAUGGGCGGCGGGCCUCGAACCUUCCCAGGCGGGCUCAACAAAUGGCAAUGGAAGCGCCUCCAUGAGAAGAAAGCUUCCCAGAAAGAGAAGCGCCUUAUUGACCAUGAAAAGCAGCUUUACCAAGCUCGUCUUCGUUCCCAAAUCCGGGCCUCCGUCUCGGGCUUGCCGGAGAAGCCCGAAGGCCCGUCUCAUUCCCCGAUGUCACCCCAGGAGCAUAUCAAGGCUCUUGCUGAUCGGUUCAUGAAACCGGGUGCCGAGGAUUUGUGGAAUGAUGAUGAUGGUCCGGUACAUUCGUCCUCCCGGGCCGGACCGAGUAAGCCGAAUGAUCCGGGUAUUGAUCUCAGGAAGUUUGUUAAUGAUGGUAAUUUUCAGCAAAAGAGGGGGUUUUGUAGUCAGAUUAAUGAUGAUGGUAUUGAUAGUUUGAUGGGUUUUAGGGGUAAAUUGCAGCAAAUGAGAGGGUUUUGUAAAGGGAAUUUGACGGGGUUUAAGGGUAAUUUGCAGCAAAUGAGGGUUUUUUGUAGUCAGAUUAAUGAUGAUGGUAUUGGUAGUUUGAUGGGUUUUAGGGGUAAUUUGCAGCAAAUGAGGGGUUUUUGUGAAGGUAAUUUGAUGGGGUUUAAGGGUAAUUUGCAGCAAAUGAGGAAUUACUCUGGAAAUGUGAAGGGGAAAGUGAAGAAGAAGUUUUAUAAACAUAUAAAGGGAAGUUCAUCGAGUGAAGAUGAUGAGGAAGAUUAUGGGAGGUUGAGUAGUAAUGCGAGCUGGCCGCGGUUUGUUUUGGAAGGGAAUGAACUGGGGAGUGGGGAGGAGGGAGGAAAGGGUGAUGUGAAAUGUGUGAGGGGGUUUAUGGGGAAUGCAACUUUAGGAAAGUAUGAUGUGAAGGUGACGAAAAGGCGGAUUGUGAAGGAGUUGGAGGAGUAUGCAGAGCAAGAAGAUGAAGAAGGUGAUUUGGGUGAGAAAAUUUAUGAGAUUAAGCAGGAGAUCAUUGAGAGGAAGCGGAUGGAAGAAAUUCAAGAGGUGACCGAUCAGGAUGAGUUUGUUGCCUCUGGAAAGAGAUUUGAGGACUGUGGCAUUUCACCCUUGACAAUUAAGGCAUUAACUGCUGCUGGCUAUGAUGUGAUGACUAGGGUUCAAGAAGAUACACUGUCUGCUUAUCUUGAGGGUAAGGAUGCUUUAGUCAAAUCUAGAGCUGGGACAGGAAAAACCACCGCUUUUCUGCUUCCUGCAAUUGAAACAGUUUUGAAAGCUAUGCAUAGUGACAAAGCUAAGCGUGUGCCUCCUAUAUAUGUUCUUAUUCUUUGCCCUACGAGAGAACUUGCUAGUCAGAUUGCUGCAGAAACAAGGGUUUUGCUGAAGAAUCAUGACGGUUUGGGUGUCCAAAUGCUAGUUGGUGGUACACGUUUCAAAGAUGACCAGAAACGCCUGGAAUUGGAUCCUUGCCAGAUUUUGGUUGCUACUCCUGGUAGAUUACUUGAUCACAUUGAGACCAAAUCAGGCUUGUCUACAAGAUUAAUGGGACUUAAAAUGCUUGUACUAGACGAAGCUGAUCAUCUGCUAAAUCUUGGGUUUCGCAAGGACAUGGAGAAAAUUGUUGAUUGUUUACCUCGUCGACGACAGUCUCUGUUGUUUUCUGCAACAGUGCCAAAAGAGGUCCGUCGAAUUUCUCAGCUUGUUCUUAAACGGGAGCAUGCUUUUAUCAACACUGUGGAUGCAGGUAGUCCAGAUUCCAGUUCUAAGGUGAAGCAGACUUAUAUAAUAGCUCCCCAUGAUGUGCAUUUUCAUGUAGUAUACCAACUUUUGAAGGACCAUAUUGCAGAAAUGCCAGACUACAAGGUUAUCGUUUUCUGUACGACUGGAAUGGUGACUUCACUUAUGUACCUUCUCUUCCGUGAAAUGCGUUUAAAUGUUAGGGAAUUGCAUUCAAGAAAGCCUCAACUUUACCGAACUCGUACAGUUGAAGAGUUUAAACAAUCAAAACGUCUGAUUUUAAUUUCAUCUGAUGUAUCUGCUAGAGGAAUAAACUAUCCUGAUGUUACUUUGGUUAUUCAGGUUGGAUCUCCCUCUGAUAGGGAGCAAUAUGUACAUCGCCUUGGGAGGACUGGUCGUGAAGGAAAAGAUGGUGAAGGCAUUUUGCUGCUUGCUCCAUGGGAAGAAUAUUUCUUGGAAGACAUAAAGGACUUGCCUGUUGAAAGGUCUUCUGCACCACAUGUUGACCAAUAUGCAAGAUCAAAGAUGGUGGAUUCAAUGGCAAAGAUUGAUACUAGUGUGAAAGAAGCUGCGUACCAUGCUUGGCUUGGUUACUAUAAUUCUCUUAGGGAAACAGGCAGGGAUAAGACCUCACUCGUGAAUUGGGCAAACCAAUUUUGCGAGUCAAUUGGGUUGGAGAAACCUCCUGUACUUUUCAGAAAAACAGUUGUAAAAAUGGGUUUGAAAGAUAUUCCUGGAAUUCGUGUAAGGAAAUAGCACACUUCAAUGUUCAGAGUACUUGGAUAACCUUGCUUCAGUUUUUUAAAGCCUGGAAGUGCUGUCAAAGAAAUUCAAUACAACUAGGGAACUGAAGAAGCCAAAUUCCUCAGCCUGAUAGUUGGCCGGGGGAGGCACGUAAGCAAGAAGGAAGCUGAGCUUAAUGCAAAUGGCUAAAAUCUCCCAUGCUGCAAUUGAAGUGGAAAUUAACCUUAUCCUCAAACUAAAGAAAGAAGACAGCGGCAACGGUUUUGAUUGUAUGCACAACUCUAUGACAGGAAGAUGAAAUAUGCCACUUUUAGGCCCUUUUACCAGUUUAGGUCCCUUUAGGAGCUCUGAAUGGAGACAUUUUUUUUGUAAGUUCAGCAGUUAAUACGGAAUAGCUAGUUGUACAUUCUUCAGUUGAUUGCUCAGUUAAAAUGUCAUAUGCUCAUACUCAUCUGAUCUCUUGUAACUGUUGCAUUAUGUCUAAUUGUCUAUGUCAAAUGUGUUGCUCUUGCCCAUCUCUGAGAUUUCAAUAUCAAGUUAUCAGAUUAAUUUCGCUUUCCCCCUUCUUUAUUCGGAUUAUCCAAAUUCCAAUAUUACCCUUUUUGGGCAUCAAAGACGGUUGUAACAAAGUCUUAUUGUAAUGUAUUGUACACAUUGGCACUAAACCAAUAAAUUUCUCCUCAUUUGUC